AUGAAGAUGAAAGGAGGAGCGAACGUGCACUGGUCCACAUCGUCGGGCUCGGGAAAGAGGAAAAGAAGAAAAACCUACUCUGCACGGGUGGACUUCUUCACUUAUAAAAGCGUUCUCGUGUGCACCACUCCCCCCUGGGACGCAUGUGUAUCAUCCAUUUCAUGCCAGCUUCCACGGGGAGACUUUCCUUCUUCCUUCAAUGGGAUUCAUGGACGAAUAUCCUACUCACUGACAGUGGGCUUUGACAGACCGUGGCAUCUGUCCAAGGAGUUCAUAACAGAACUGAACUUUGUGAAUCAUAUUGAUCCAAACCAGCCAGAGCUGUGGGCUUCGCUCUCAGGAUCAAACAGCAAGACACUGUGCUGCCUGUGUUGUGCGUCAGGUCCUAUCACAAUGACGGUCAGUUUGGAUAAGAAAGCCUUCAAACCUGGAGAAACCGCAAAAAUGGUGUGCAGUUUUAGCAAUGCUUCAUCUAGAACAGCUACGCCCAAGGUGAAGCUCCAGCAGAAACAGAUGUACUACACCCACAGCCGGAACAGCAAGAGGAUGGUUUUCAAGCAGCUGGCGUGGGUGAGCGGCGAGCCUAUCGGCGCUCACACCUCAGACGUUCAAUCUGAGAUCCUGCUCACUGUCCCGUCAUCUGCAUCCCUGACCGUCUCCAACUGCAGCAUCCUGGAAGUGGAUUACUUUAUAGAGGUAAGCCUCUGUGUUACAGGAUCCGCUGACCUCACUGUGCUGUUUCCCAUCAUUCUGUAUGAAGUGCGUUCACACGCCCAUCCGAUGCAGUAUUCAGGAGCAAAUAUUUAGAUCGUAAAAAAAAAGUUAUCGUAAGCAGCAUAGAAAAUCUUCCAAGAUUAUCCAAAUUUUGUAUCACUUCUGUCAUGUUAUUUAAAAAUUAAAUAACAUACAGUUGCUUUAACAGUUUGUUUAUGUGUGUUUUAGCUGCUAGAUAUUAGGAUGAAAUAUAGUGGAAAAUGAUGCAUAAAAAUGCUCAAAUUGCACAAAUCAUUUAUUUUAACAGUGCUAUAACAUGUGUUUGCCUGAAUGUUUCUGUUAUUACUUCGUUGUCUCAGCUAAGCCAGGCUCACACUGAGCGGGUUUACGGUCCUACGGUCCCAGUCAAGCCAGCGUAAGUUGGUGCGUGAUUUUAUUCUGAAAUUCACCAGAACGUUAUCCUGCCCGACGUUUCCUGUUUGCCACGUGAAAUUCAGGAGCUUGAUUCGGGGACUGCUGUGGCGUCCGGUCAAACUUCCUUCUUGCAGAAUUUUUUUUUGCAUCGCUGCACGGCCUCGGUAACCAGACCCGUUGUGAGCUCGGCAUAAAUGUGUCAGGUUGUGAAAUUAGUUUUAUAUCAGAGAAAAAUAGCCAGAGUAAACACAAAAAUCUAAUUUUGAAUUAGCCUCCCGUGUAAAUAAGAUAGAGCCCUCCACACCUAAUAACUUCUUAUUUCAUGCCAGGUGGCAACAUCUGCCCUCAAAGUGUCUGCAGUAACGGUUCUUUUACAUCGCAGUGGAGGAAAUCUGGCAGACUCCAUCCAGAUUGGAGUGUUUUUAGGCAUUAGGAGUCUGUUCACACCAACCACAACAUCUCCAUAAGAUCUAAGUGUUGACUUUGACUAGGCCAUCCCAAAAUCUUUUUCUUUAGCCAUAUUCUUGCUGGUUUGCUUUGGAUCAUUGACCUGCUGCUGAGCUUGAGUGUGCUUGAACCUAAUAUCGCAAACUCAUGGGCGGACAUUCUUUCCAUUCUCUGACCCUAACCCUACCGUUCAUGGCUCCAUCUCUUUGGUCAGCUGGGGUCUUGGAAUGAGGACUCUCUGAGCGGUGCCGUCUUUUUUACUGUUGUCAACACCAAUCUUAAAUAAGGAGAGUGAGGUCUGCUGUGCUGUAGAUGUUGUUUUGGGUUCUUUUCUCUCCUCCUGGAUGAGUAUUCAGCUCUCUCUUUGACCAAUUUUGUUGCUGUGGUUAACAAUACAUAACACACAUAGGAAACAGGACUAGGUAUAUUUGGG